AUGAGUAACGGCGGCAAACUGAUACCUCUCCUCCUCAAGACACCCGACGGCGCCGCCGUGGGGGACGCCAAGGAAGGUGGCAAAGGAGUAGGAGAACAACCCGAAACCGAGAAUCACACUGGUCUUGCUCGCCGUCGCCCCCACGGAGGUAGCAAUCCUCUCAACAUGACCAGCCGCCGCGGCACCGCCGGCGACGGUGGUGACGCCACCAGGAGAAACGCACUGGCCGGGAGAUUCUCCAUGGAGGAGGUGGCGGGGAUUGUCCAUGGGCACCCCAUCCCUUGCUUCUUCGCCCUCUGCGUUCUCUUCUUCAUGAUGGUGGAGUACACCCUCUUCAUGGUCCCCUCCAACUCUCCCCCCUUCGACGUGGGCUUCAUCCUCACCAAGCCCCUCCAGCGCUACCUCGCCGGCCGGCCCGCCCUCAACUCCGCCCUCGCCGCCCUCAACACGGUAACUCUCCGCCACCGCCGCCCUCCUCCGCCUCCACCUUCCCCGGCGGAGAAAUCUGACUAGAACUCUGAGCGCGCUGUGCAGGUGUUCGUCGUCAUGCAGGCGGCGUACAUUCUCUCCACGCUGCUGAUAGAGGGCCGGGGGAGAUCAACGAUCGCCGUCGUCUUCAUGUUCACCUGCCGGGGAAUCCUCGGCUACUCCACCCAGCUCCCCCUUCCCCAGGUAAUAAUAGUAAUAAUCUCAGCUGCUGGUCCUUCCUCCUCCUUCUUCCACCUGUUGAUGGGGUCGUUGGGUGGUGGUGCCCUAUUUCAAGCAGGAGUUUCUGGGCUCCGGCGUUGACUUCCCGGUGGGGAACGUCUCCUUCUUCCUCUUCUUCUCCGGCCACGUCGCGGGGUCGGUCAUCGCCUCACUGGACAUGAGAAGGACAGGCCGGCAGGCCAUGGCGGCGGCGUUCGACGCCCUCAACCUUCUGCAAGUACUCCGGCUGCUGGCAACGAGGGGUCACUACAGCAUCGACCUGGCUGCGGGGGUGGGCGCCGGCGUCCUCUUCGACGUGCUCGCCGGAAAAUACGAGAAGAGCCACCGCCGCCGCUACCACCUCGCCGCCGCCGCCGAGGCGGCUUGA